AAGCAAAAAGCCUGUUCAUGUUCAACGGAUAACAAAACGCAGUCUAACCAGAGUCGAACUUUGUGGAAGAAGCAGCAGCAAAAAUGGCGGCCGCCUCGGGUCUGCAACCAAGGCUUCUCUCGACCUUCGUCGGCGACCGUCUUCUCCAUUCCCGACUCCCCCUCCCUCAUCUCUUCGGCUACAAAACAGGAGGUGGGCAUCAUGUGUCUAUGCGAUUCUCCAGGGCGUUAUCUGGAUUAACCAACCUUCUAUUCAAUAGAAGAAUUGUAGAAGAAGUACCAAACACCAAGAGGAAACCUCUACGCCCGGGGAAACUCUCUCCCCGGCGACCUGUCCCUGAUAAUAUUUUGAAGCCUCCUUAUGUCGACACUCGGCAGUCUCCUGGAAUCUCGAGUGGAGCUGAAGUGCAUGAUGAAAUGGGGAUAGAAUGCAUGAGGGCUUCUGGAAGACUUGCAGCACAAGUGCUUCAGUAUGCUGGGACUCUAGUAAAGCCAGGUGUAAAGACUGACGAAAUUGAUGAAGCAGUGCACCAGAUGAUAAUUGAAAAUGGUGCAUAUCCCUCGCCUCUAGGAUAUGGUGGAUUUCCAAAGAGUGUAUGCACAUCGGUUAAUGAGUGCAUCUGCCAUGGGAUACCAGACUCCCGUGAGCUAGAGGAUGGUGAUAUAAUCAACAUUGAUGUUACAGUUUAUUUAAAUGGUUAUCAUGGUGAUACAUCAGCAACUUUCUUUUGUGGAGAUGUUAGCGAUAGUGCCAGAAAGCUUGUUCAGGUAACCAAAGAAUGUCUGGAUAAAGCAAUCUCGAUUUGUGCACCGGGAGUGGAGUUGAAGAAAAUUGGCAAGACUAUACAUGAUCAUGCAGAUAAACAUCGGUAUGGUGUUGUUAGGACCUUUGUUGGCCACGGCGUUGGACGUGUUUUCCAUGCUGAUCCAGUUGUUCUUCAUUGCAGGAAUAACGAGGGUGGACGCAUGAAGUUGAAUCAAACCUUUACAAUUGAGCCAAUGUUGACAAUGGGCAGCAUUAAUCCGGUGAUGUGGGACGAUGACUGGACAGUGGUGACCGAAGAUGGGAGCCUGUCAGCUCAGUUUGAACACACCAUUCUCAUUAUUGAAGGUGGAGCUGAGAUACUGACACAAUGUUAAAGGCCAAACUAGCAGAAUAAUGUGUUGGGCCAAACUGCUUUCCAGAGCAUGCAUUGUGAUUCUUUGUAGGUUGGAGAAGAAUUCACAUUUGAUUGAUUGGAAUGAAUUGUGCUCUCUUUGUUGUUACACUUUCUUCAGAUGUCAAUAACGAUUUAAGUUUAUUAUAAUUUAAUAUUGAAUUU